CCCCUACUUGGCACCCUACACCCCACAUUCUUCCUAAUCCUCCUUCCCCUCCCAGCUCCCACACCCUACCCCCAUCAAAGCUCCUGGAAUUUUGGACUUAGCUAUUUUUAAAACAGUCAACUCAGUAGCCACCUCCCUCCCCCCGCUCAGCUGUCCAGUGCUCCCGCCAGCCAUAUACUCCCCCUUCCCCCCACCCCGGCCCUUCUCUGGCUCCCUGGCCUCACUGCGGUUGCAGCAGGCCCCAGGCCCGGGGGCCUGGGGGAGACAUGGAGGAAGAGACGGGGGAUGCCCUGGCCGGAGCUGGCGGACAGAGUAGGCAGUCGUGGCUGGAGACCCGGAUAGCAGAGUAAUGUUUGAUCUCUGGACACAUCUCUUGCAGGACGGCCAGCCAGUCAUCGUCCACUAGGUAGGACAGCCGAGGGCUGCAGAGAGCCGGAGCCUGCGGGGACCUGGCUGGAUAGGUAUGGGGGAUCCAGGCCAGUGCCCCGGUCCCCGGCCCCCGCAUGGCAGCCCCCCAACUCUAAGCACUCUCACUCUCCUGCUGCUCCUCUGUGGAUAUGCGCACUCCCAGUGCAAGAUCCUCCGCUGCAACGCCGAGUACGUGUCGUCCACCCUGAGCCUCCGCGGCGGGGGCUCCCCGGGGGCGCUCCGGGGCGCGGGCGGCGGCCGGGGCGGCGGGGGCGCGGGCGGCCUGUGCCGGGCGCUGCGCUCCUACGCGCUCUGCACGCGGCGCACGGCGCGCACCUGCCGCGGGGACCUGGCCUUCCACUCGGCCGUGCACGGCAUCGAGGACCUGAUGAUCCAGCACAACUGCUCCCGCCAGGGCCCCACGGCGCCGCCGCCCGCGCGCGGCCCGGCCCUGCCCGCCGCCGGCCCCGCCGCCCCGGACCCCUGCGACCACGCGGCGCGGUUCGCACGGCUGCACGGCCGGCCGCCCGGCUUCCUGCACUGCGCCGCCUUCGGGGACCCGCACGUGCGCAGCUUCCAGCACCUCUUCCACACGUGCCGCGUGCGCGGCGCCUGGCCGCUGCUGGACAACGACUUCCUCUUCGUGCAGGCCACCAGCGCGCCCGUGGCGCCCGGCGCCAACGCCACGGCCACCCGCAAGCUCACCAUCAUCUUUAAGAACAUGCAGGAGUGCAUCGACCAGAAGGUGUACCAGGCGGAGGUGGACAACCUUCCGGCCGCCUUCGAGGACGGCUCCGUCAACGGCGGGGACCGGCCGGGGGGCUCCAGCCUGUCCAUCCGCUCGGCGAGCCCGGGCCGCCACGUGGAGAUCCGCGCCGCCUACAUCGGCACCACGGUGGUGGUGCGCCAGGCGGCCGGGCAGCUGUCCUUCGCCAUCCGCGUGGCGGAGGACGUGGCGCACGCCUUCUCGGCGGAGCAGGACCUGCAGCUGUGCGUGGGCGGCUGCCCGCCGGGCCAGCGGCUCUCCCGCAGCCCCCCGGGCCCGCUGGGCGCGGCGGCGGCGCGGCGGCUGUGCAAGGAGCGGCUGCCGGUGGAGGACGCCUACUUCCACUCGUGCGUCUUCGACGUGUCCGUGUCCGGGGACCCCCGCUGGGCGGCGGCCGCGCGGGCCGCGCUGGAGGACGCGCGCGCCUUCCUGCCGGACCCGGGGCAGCUGCACCUGUUCCCCUCGGACGCCGCCGGGGCGCCCCUGUCCGCGGCCGCCCUCCGCGCCCCGCUGCUGCCCGGCCUCUGCGCCCUGUGGCUCUGCCUCCAGUAGCCAGGCCCCAGCCCUGGGCGGGGCUGGAGACG